AUGCAACGUGAGUCCCUUCCAUCGAAUGUGCUUUUGCGAACAGCCGUUGAACUAAUGGCUGGACAUGAAACAACAUCGAAUUUAAUGACAUGGACUUUGUACCAUCUAACAACGAACCCAAAUGUUUAUUGUCAAUGUCAACAAGAAAUCGAUACUAUAUUGAAGGGUCAAUUACCAACAAGUGAAACAUUAUCAAAACUAGUCUACACAGAAGCUGUUUUAAAAGAAUCUUUGAGAUUACAUCCACCAGUGGCAAAUAUUGUUCGUACUGCAAUUGAAGAUAAUACAAUUAUUGAUCAAAAUGGAAAACAGAUUCAUAUUAAAAAAGGAACAGAUAUUUUAUUGAACUUUUUUAUGUUACAUCAUUCUGAAAAAUAUUGGACAAAUCCAUGGACCUUUGAUCCAAGAAGAUUUUUAGAUGGAACUCUUGAACCUAGUAUAUUUCUUCCGUUUUCGGCUGGUCCGCGUUCAUGCAUUGGACAAAAUUUUGCCAUGUUAGAAGCUAAAAUAAUGUUGUCAAUGAUUGUGCAACGAUUCGAUUUAGAAUUUGUAGAAGGACAAAAAAUUGUUCCUGACGUUACAAUUACGAUGAGGCCAAAAUAUGGUUUAUUCAUGAGAAUAAAACUUCGAAAUCAAGCAGAAUGUAUACCCUGA